AUGAACAAGCGUCAAUGCAAGGACACCAGGAAUUCGCCUCCGGAGCGCGCCAGCGCUCCCCAGAAAUGCAGUGGUUACGUCCAGCCCUACCACCCGCCCGGCUGGCAAUCCCCAAAGCAAACAGGGUUGACCCGGGCCAUUCUGAAGUUUGUGCUUGAGGGGGGGGGACGUAACUGA